CAAUCAGCGCGCAGCGUUCGGUCAGGGCACACGUUUCAAAAACAUUUUGGUGGACAACAACUUCCGAGUUGUGUGUUUGCGACGAAUUUUCGCUUUUUACAGCGAUACUGCUCGUUUUUUUCUCUUCAAAUCUUCUCAUGAAGAUGAGAUAACUUCUUUCAGAGUGUAUUCCCACCUUUUGUGCGAGAAAAAGCUGCCGUUUCGUCCCCAAAGCAGUGUUCAAAACUGGACAGAAUGGAGCAGGUUAUCCCGACCACCCCAAGCCGUAAGGUCCUGGGUACAGUGAACACACCAUCCAGCGGGCGUGUCUUCAGACAGGCCAAGCGACGGAGCGUGGUGUCUACACCGGGUAUCGUUCCAGCGCCAAAGACACCACUCAGAGGACUAAGGUUCAACCCCGAAACGCCACAGAAGAUCUACAAGGAUGAAAACGAUGCUCCCGCCAUUACUAUAGCAACCAGCCUGUCUCCUGAAGAGAAACUAGUCAAGGCACAGAAGGACCUCCAGGAUAAAGAUCAGCUGAUUCUGCAGUUGCAGCAGCAACUGGCCAGUCUGCAGCUCCACAGUCCUGUACAGCUGCAGCAAAAGUCUGCAGCACAGCAGCUCCGCAGCCCUACAGUUCUGCAGGAAAAACCUGCAGACCAAGGCCCCCCUGCGACAUCAGAAGAAACUGCAGCUAGCAUGGCGAGCGCAUCUACAGAAGACCAGUCAGACUCAACAGUACCCAACAUCCCCACCAUCAGGGAACCAGAGAGUCCCGUGUUCGAUUCCCACGCAGACGACACAACAGACGAGACAACCAUGAACCUGGUCAACAUGCCGCCGUUGUUUGUUCCCUGUUACCCCGGCAACGAAGUAAACAGUUGCUAUGAUGACGACGAGGAGGAAGAUACCAUGCAGAUCCUGGGGGAGGCGUCAGCUUUCGUGAGGGAGACGCUAGGCGACCCUACACCCCCUCCAGAAGGAAUGGUAGCGCCCAAUGUGCCAUCUUCAAGCACAGUGGACUGUACCAAACCAGAGGCUGCGCGGGGAGGUCAGGAUGGCUUCUCCAUCAGUGUUGGGCGGUAUGUGGACGGAGUGAUUUCUCAAGCAGUAACAAAUGUCUUAGAAGAUCAGUUCAAGAUGUCAGAAGAUCAGCUUAAGACAUGGGAAGAGCCAAACGAAGAAGAAGACAUCGCAUCUGAAGACGAGCUGUCUGAAAGCUCCCCCUGUCGGAAUCUGCGUGACAUUGCAGCCGAGCUCCAGGCCGACCUCUCGUACUCGUCCCCGUUGCCACGGGCAACGGAAAAGGCUGUCUGCAAGUUCGGCGAGUCACAGGCCUCCACAGCAGGCGAAGCGCCCCCUAGCACAGACACAGGAACUGCAGGAAGCCUAGUUGAUGCUGAAGCUCCCCCUAACCAGGAGGCCUGUACUGCAGAACCUGUUGAUGCAGUGGCGCCCCCUAGCCCAGAGGCCCAUACUGCAGAUGCAGCUUCAGAAGCCGAGGCGCCCCCUAGCCCAGAGGCCCAUACUGCAGGCAUCUCCACCCUUGAUGAUGAAGAUAUGGAUGCUAAAGUGCCCCCUAGCCCAGAGUCCCAUAUUGCAGAUGAGGCUGUUGAUGCUGAAGCUCCGCCUAGCCCAGAGGCCCAUACUGCAGGUGAUGCUGAAGCUCCCCCUAACCAAGAGACCUGUACUGCAGAGCCUGUUGAUGCAGUGGCGCCCCCUAGCCCAGAGACCCAUAUUGCAGACGAGGCGGUGGAUGCGUUUGUUGAUGACAUCCUGACCAGCGCAGCGGAGCAGCUGCAGUCCACCCCUAACAGCGCCCCCUGGAGGAAUCUGCGCGGCAUUGCAGCCCAGCUCCAGGCUGACCUGUCCUUCUCCUCUCCUGCCCCGGCUUCCCGGGAAUCCGCUCAGGUUGCCAUGGAGGUUGCCAUGACAACAGACGCCCACUCCGUCAUCGACCGAGCUUUCCAUUUCCUGCACGAGCAGGACUAUCCAGUAACUGAGGAAACCGUAAGUACGGCAACAGCUGAUGCCCAGGAGCAGCACGUUACCACAGAAACAGCAUCCGUGGCAACAACAGCAUCCACGGAAACAGUUACCAAGGAUACAGGUAGCUCACCCCUGGCCACGACACCGAAGAAGUUCGCAGACAGUGCUACAGCAACAUCUCCCGUAGCGACAGUCGUCAAGGAGACGGAGAUGACACCGAAAAGUCACUUCAGCGUUGCUACGGCAACCACACCGCCCAGGGUCGUUGCCAUGGCAACAGGAACAUCGCCCGUGGCGACGGUAACCAAGGAGACGGAGAUGACCCCCACGAAGUUCUGUGACGCUGCGGCAGGUACGACGCCCCCUCCAGCCCUGGUUACCGUGGCAACAGGAACCACGCCCAUCCAGCAGGUUGCCAUGGAGACAAUGAUGACGCCUGUCAGGAUGACGGAGGAGGGAACCGCCACGACUCCAGGCCUGGUGCCCCACAUCACCACGGGAACAGCGAUGACCCCGGAACAGCAGCAGGAGGACAGCCAGAAUGUCGACCUGUCCACCCUGGAUGAGUCCGGUCUGCGUCGCCGCGCCCAGGCUCUUACUAUCAGCAACGAGCUUCUGAGGAACGACAUCAGCGCGCUCAACGCCGACCGCGUCAGCCUCAGCCAAUCAGUCAACACCCUCAAACACAGGCUGGAGAACAGUGACGCUGACCUCAGAGCUGAAGUUGCCCGUCUGACAGCGGAGAAGGAGACUGCAGCAGCAGAACUGCAGGAGUCUGCAGACAGACUGCAGGAUACAGAACAGAGGCUGCAGGACUCACAGCUUCUGGUGCAGAACAUGUCCAGAAACAUGCAGCAGGGUGAGGACAGCCUGAAGACCCAGGAGGAGCAGGCUGCUGUGAUUGGUCAACUGCAGAGAAAAAACAACCAAUUAGAGGAGGACCUGCUGAGGUCGUACCAGCAGCACAAGGAAGAGGUGGGGAUCGUCUCAAACUCUGACCUGUGUGACCGUGACCGGUACGGCCGGCACCUGGAGCAGAGCCAGGUGGAGAUGCUGCAGCUGGAGGAGGACCUGCAGGUGUACAUCGACCUGUUCCAGGAGAUGGAGACGGGCAAGACCCUCAACAAUGAUAACGCCAAACUGAACCAGGAAAGUGCCGAGCAGAUACAGGAAAUGUUCAGCAAAGCUGAGAAGGAGCGGGAGAGUCUACUCCAGGAGAGGGGGGAGCUAGAGCGCCUGAGGGACGAAUGUGAUCGGCGCACGAAAGAGUUGGAUGAAUGGGAAAAAGUGAUGGUUGCGGAGAAUAAGAAGUUGAAGUUUGCAGCUGAAGAUGCAGAGAGAAAGGAAAGUCAGACCAAUGAGGACCUGUUCUCAGCGAUGAUGCAGGUUUCAGAUCUGAGUGCGGACGUUGCACUUCUUACUGUUGCUGAAGAGGAGUGCCAAGCGAAGCUGCAGGAGUCUGCGUCACGCUGCGAUGAACUGCAGUCAGAACUGCAGGAGAAAAGGGCGGAGCUGGUCGGUUGCCAGGCAACACUCAGUCUGCAGGAGGGCGAGAUCGAAACACUGCAGGACAGGCUGAGGGAGUCUGAGUCAAAGAUGUCCAAAAUGAAUGAACAACUGGAUGCUGAGUUUGAGCGGUGA